CCAGAGAAGAGCUCAGCGACAACAGAUGGAGGAAAUGAAUGUCGACGAGAAAUCAGUUUGACAUCAGCUCUGGGGAUGACGAUAGUCUUCAGAUUGGUCACUCUGGCAUUAAUUGGUGUUUCGGUUCAAAUAUGCAGUGGUCAGAAAGUCAUUGAUGAUGGAAUGGACUUGCUGCAGCCAUAUUUGUCGCGUCAUGGUGGACGUCGAACUCAUCGAGAAGUGCGGGACUGCCAACAUAUAAAAUAUGGAAACCUUACACACUCGAAGCAUAAAGCACACAGCAGUGUGAAUUUGACUCUGCCGCUCGUCGAGUCCAGGCAUCAGCUGAAGAGUAUAGGAGAAUAUUACUAUAACAAGAGGACUGUCACAGUGCUGUUUCAAAAAGUUAAUAACCCUGUGAAAACCUUUUCGGUUCUUGAGCCUGGUACUCCUGGGACAUGCUUAAAUGGGAGUGCCGAGAGAGCCACUGUGAGGGAGAGUGCCAAACAGAAACAUUGUAUCCUGGCAACCAAUGCAGGAUUCUUUAACACACACACUGGAGAAUGCUAUGGCAACAUCUACAGUGAUGGAAGACUGGUUGGAGACUCAGAUGGGGUGCAGAAUGCCCACUUUGGGGUCACUGCAGAUGGAUACAUCUAUGUAGGGUAUCUCUCCGAGCUGGAUCUGCUGACUCAGCACUUUACCCAGCUGGUGGGGGGCGUGUUGUGGAUCCUGAGGGAGGGGGAGAUCUAUGUGGACGAGAGUGUCAAGAUAGAGUGUUCUGACACAGAAGAAACAGGAACACUGAGAGAGUUUGCUACAGUCAAGUCAGCUCGAGUCGCAGUCGGACAUGACAAAGAUGGCCGCAUCCUCAUUGCCCAGGUUGAUGGGAAGACUGGAAGUCUGGGAGUUGACCUCCAAGAGAUGGCAUCCAUCUUGCUUGACCUUGGCUUCGUCAAUGCCAUUAACCUGGAUGGUGGGGGUUCCGCCACGACUGUCAUCAACAGUACACUUGUCAGUCACCCCUCAGAUUUAUGUCCAGACAAGAUGUUCAACUGUGAGCGCCGAGUGAGCACUAUCCUGUGUGUACAUGACCCAGACUGUGACCCUGAAGACUGUUCAGGGCAUGGCAGCUGUGAGCUGGGAGUAUGUAACUGCACAGGUCACUGGUCAGGGCGAGCAUGUGACAGGCUGCAGUGUCCACAGGAUUGUAAUGGACAUGGAACAUGCACGUCAGAUGGCUGUGUGUGUGACAAAGGCUGGUACAGCACCAACUGCUCACUGCCCUGUCCAGCUGGGAGGUAUGGCUUCAACUGUUCCAUGCAGUGCUGCUGUCAGAACGGAGGAUUGUGUGACUCCGUCACUGGGCACUGCGGUUGUUCACCGGGAUUCGCUGGCGAGUUCUGUCAGUCAGCGUGUCCAUAUGGCUUCUAUGGUGCUAGAUGCGCUAGUGUGUGCAACUGCGACACUUCCUGCUUCUGUGAUCACAUCACAGGAUCCUGCAACUCUACAGGGAAGCAAACAUCACAGAUUUUCCACAACUACCAACAAGCUGGUAGCUGUAUGGCCCAGGAGAUGAUCAAGUCCCAGCACCUGGUGGUGGACCAGUCGGAUCAGUACAGAUUGUGUGUGUCAAGUUCUGUGACCCUGGGCAUCAUUGCAGCUGUCAGCAUCAUCAUCAACAUCACCCUCCUUUCCAUCUACCUCAAUGUGCGGCGACGACAAGCCAGUGAUACGGAUGAGGCUGUCAAAAAGACGAUACGCAAGUUUGUCCUCCAUGGUUCCACAGAUGAUUACUCCUGCUCUGAUGGAGAGGGGACGGGAGAGCUGACCACUUUGUUUCAAACUCCACCUCGGAAAGGAAACGGUUGAAUAGUUAUCAGUAUGAUAAGUGUGUUUGUGGUCAUGGUUUUGUGGAAGUUCAUGAUGAAUGAGAGUGAAGUGUGUGUUUUUCAGGCAUAUCGUGAUGUCUUUCAAGUGAUGUCAUAAACAUGACAUUAUGAACAUGAUUGACAUUGUCAUUGACCACUGGUAUAUGUGCAUGACUAUCAUGAUCAGGUGAAAAUAUCAGCAUUCCAAGAGUUUAUG